UGAUGAUGGUGAUGGUGGUGAUGGGCAGGACAGGACACGGUGUCUCAGUGAUUCAGAGUAAUGGCAUGGAAAGGUCGGCGCGGGUGACCGACAGGUGCGCGUUCUCGCAUCACCAUUUUUUUCCAUGAACCUUUCUGGUCACGUGGUUGGUUGACAUUUCCUUCAUUUAACCUUUAUAAGGCGCUAUCUGUCUGUCUAACACCUGUCUGUCUGUUGGUUUAACACUGGUUUCCCUCUCUGUCUGUCUGUCUGUCUGUCUGUCUAUCUAACGCCGGUCUCUCCCUCUGUCUCUCUGAUGGUCUGUCUAACACUGGUCAGUCUAACCGGUCUCUCUGAUGGUCUGUCCAACACCGGUUUCUCUGUCGAGACUAUUUUUGUAUAGACACCCGUCUGUCAGUUUAAACAUCACAUACAUAUACAGUAUAUCAUCUCCCUCGGCCUUUCUCUCUCUGUUUUUUCGCAUGUGUGUGUUAUGAAGUCUCCAGGAAGUAACAGGAGUGUAUUUGAGUAGUAAUAGCGGAUGUGCCGCCCAGUGAAGUUUCUACAGAGAGUUUCAGUGUUCUUCCCCCUGUGUGUAACACGAGCAGUGUAUUUUUGCACCCGAGACAAGUUUAGCAUGAAGGCACAAACCUGAAACAGAAACCUCUGACCUUUCACCUUUUGUCCAGAUACUGCGCUGAAUCCAGAGGAGUGUAAAACACACACACACACACACACAGUCACUUUUAAAUGCUUUCAGAUCGACUUUACACUAACACUUUGGCUCGAGCACGUGAUCAGAUCAGCGUUCUCCAGUAACAGGCAGAUGAGAUGGACGUGUGUAAGACCAAGCAGAACCCGGAGGACGUGGUCACACUCGCAGUGUGUCAGAUGGGCGGCAGCAGUAGCAGUAGCAGCGUGCGGCUCUUCAGUUCUCUGGCUCAGUCUCUGAGCAGCGUGCCGCUGCCGCACACACACGCCGAGACCGAGGAGAGCGAGCUCGAGCAGACGGAUCCCGAGACGCUCCUGCGCGAAUGCGAGGAAGUCCUGAGGAAGCGCCCGCCCCGGCCGCAUCGAGACUUCAUCAGAACCAGAGCCAGCGCCGCGCACAACCCGCAGAUCCGCGUCAUGCAAUGGAACAUUCUAGCGCAAGCUCUUGGCGAGGGCAAGGACGGCUUUGUGCGCUGCCCGAUGGAGGCGUUGAACUGGGCAGAGAGGAAGUACCUGAUCCUGGAGGAGAUCCUGACCUACAGACCCGACAUUGUGUGCCUGCAGGAGGUCGAUCACUACUAUGACACCUUCCAGCCCAUCAUGUCCAGCCUGGGCUACCAGAGCAGCUUCUGCCCCAAGCCGCGCUCCCCGUGCCUGGACGUGCGCGGCAACAACGGCCCCGACGGCUGCGCCCUGUUCUUCAGCCGCGAGCGCUUCCGCUCGCUUCAACUCCAUCACCUCCGCCUCUCAGCCAUGGCGCUCAAGACCAAUCAGGUGGCCGUGGUCGCCGCUCUGCAGUGCCAGGUCACGGGGCGGGUCUUCUGCGUCGGCGUUACGCACCUGAAGGCCAGGAGCGGAUGGGAGACCUUCCGCGGAGCCCAGGGCGCCAAUCUGCUCCAGCAACUCGAGGGCAUCUUGGAUCAGGAGGACGCCGUUCCUCUGUUGGUGUGCGGAGAUUUUAACGCCGAGCCGGGCGAGGAGGUGUACCGCCGCUUCCUGGACUCUCCGCUCGGCCUCGAUAGCGCGUACAGGACGCUAAGCGCAGACGGCGUCACAGAGCCGUCCUACACCACCUGGAAGAUUCGUCCUAGCGGAGAGUGCCGCACGACGCUCGACUACGUGUGGUACUCGCGGCACGGCUUCAAUGUCGAUGCCGCUCUCGGCAUGCCGAGCGAGGACCAGAUCGGCCCUGACCGCCUUCCCUCUUACCACUAUCCGUCCGAUCACCUUUCGCUCGUCUGUGACUUCAGCUUCAUCCAGGAGCCCCACAGGCUCAUGUGACCGUAGAUUAAAACGGCACCAGCACAACUUCCCGAACAUUCCCGAACCUUUUCCUGAGCCACCGAGUACCCUUAACUCGGACGUACAGACUCUCCUGGCUGAUCAUCGAAUUCUCUGUGCAAUAUGAUCUAAUUUAUUAUUUCCUCAGUUGAUGUAGACAGUUGAUUGUAUACCUGACUGAUAAGAAAAGAAAAGAAAAAGAAUGUAUUUACUACGCACAAGUUUAUUCUAGUAACGAGUUAUAUAUCUGUUAGCAAAUUAAAACAAUUAUUUAAUUUAUUAAAUGAUGAACAGGAGAGAAUUUACUGUGAUACAUCAAUUCUCUCUCUAUAUAUUUAACUCAAGUCAGUUUAAUCCUAUGGACUUUAUGGCCAAUUAAUCCAUUAAAAUCUUGUAAACACA